GUAUAUAAAUGCUCAGGGCCUCCCUGAUUCCCAAAUGUCCCAGGCCGGCCCCUCUCUCCCCACUCCUUCCUUAAACCCCCCAUAAGCCUUGUUCCUUUCCCUUCUCUCUAGCUACUCUUGCAGCCUCGCUCCUCUUCUCCAGCAGGCCUCUCCGGCUCCAAACACGAACGGUGAGGAGGCGCCGGAGCAAGCUGCCGUCGCGGCGCGCCACUGCCGGUGGAGUCGAGUCUCGAAGCCGGAGUAGUGGAGAUAGAGCUUCUGCCCCCUCUCGGCGGCGUUGAUCCUCUGCAGGAAAAAAGGGGCGAACGUACGCGUAGCCAGCAGCAGUAGCGGGGGAGGAAGAUGAUGAUGACUCAAGUGGCCAACCACAGCAAGAGGAACCACACCGACAGCUACUUCAGCGGGAAGCAGCAGCAGCAGCAGCAGCAGGCCGGCGCCACCACCACCAGCGGCGGCUCGGAGGAGUUCGCGGGCAUGGGGUCCAAGAAGCCGAGGAACGCCAGCCCCCGGGGCAGCGGCGGCCCCAUUUCUCCCAAGGAGAAGAAGGACAAGGUCGGCGAGAGAGUGGCGGCGCUGCAGCAGCUCGUGUCGCCAUUUGGGAAGACGGACACAGCUUCUGUUCUUCAGGAGGCCUCGGGCUACAUCAAGUUCCUGCACCAGCAGCUCGAGGUUCUUAGCUCCCCGUACAUGCGCCCUCCUCCGGCGCCCGGCGCCGAGCCUGAGGACCCCGACCACUACAGCCUGCGGAACCGCGGCCUGUGCCUGGUGCCGGUGGAGCAGACGCUGCAGCUGACCCAGAGCAACGGGGCCGACCUCUGGGCGCCGGCGAACACCACCAGACGCACCUGAAGUGAAGCCCGAGGCAGGCCUCGACGGCGGCGAUGGCCGCACUGCGUGGCAGGGGUAGAAUUCCGGUGCAAGCGCGCGCAUGCGCAUGGCUGACCCAAUUCGGUCAAUCUCCUAACACAAUCGUUUCGUUUCGUUUAUGUGAACCUCCUCAACAGGCCCUGUGCUGGCGCCGGUAGUAUGUAAUGUGUAAUCGUCGUGUAUAGCGAGACGACGCACCGCCGAUCGAUGGAUCGAUCGGUCCCCGUGGUCGUUGCGUGGGUGACUCUGUGGUUUAACAUUGGUAGCGACCUGUUGCUGUCGCCGACUAAUCAUCAAAAGCAGCAGUUUCAUUCA